AUUGUUUUUUGUUUUGUAAUUGUGUCCGGAUUGUCCGAGGGUAGUUUGCCAGCUACUGAACUACCGACCUUUUUCAGGUCAAGUUGGGACUCUUGAUUGCUCCCUGAACUGAACUGAACUGAAGCGGUGUUUGAUGAUAUUUGGAUGCCGCCCUCCGCUUUCUCACUACCAUCUAUCUUCCUUCCGCAUUCUUCACCCUCCCAAGCUCCCCCCGUUUUCUCUUUUCGCUUUCUCCGCAUCUGCCCCUAUGCCUGAUAUAAAGAUGGAGUCUUCAACGCCUUCGCUUAUGGUGUUAUGCGGGAAAUCGGAGGCUGAGAAUGAUCUGGCGAAAUCACUGAAGAAUAACAAUGCCCUGAAACUGCCCGGAGAUGAUGGAUUCGAAGUUGUUCUGCAUUCGGAGGUUGAAAGUGGACUUGGAAACGAGGCGUUUCGCGUACGCGAUUACUUUAAAUGUCUCUCCACUGCCACUGGACUCGGGAGAUUUCUUGUUUACUCUCCCGGACUGUCUUCGACCCAGGAUGUCGUUUCAAGCAAUUUCUGUGAGCUGCCAGUUGGUGCCGUUUGUGUUGCUGAUGUGCAAUUCAAGGGGCGAGGACGCUCAGCGAAUGUAUGGGAAUCUCCAAAGGGUUCCCUUCUUUUUUCAUUUACUUUACAAAUGGUAGAUGGACGAAUGGUGCCACAUGUGCAGUAUGUAGUCAGCCUUGCUAUGACGGAAGCCAUUAAUGAUCUCUGCAAGCAAUUCGGCGCAUCACAUCUUAAUGUAAGAAUAAAGUGGCCGAAUGAUCUUUAUUUAGACGGUCUUAAGGUUGGUGGCAUUUUGUGCACUUCAACAUACAAGUCCCAGAAGUUUAAUGUCAGUGCUGGAAUAGGCAUAAAUGUGGAUAAUGAAAAACCCACGACAUGCUUGAAUGCUGCUCUGCAAAAAUCAACAUCUGCCUGCAAUUUAUUAAAAAGAGAAGGCAUUCUUGCAGCAUUUUUCAAUAAGUUUGAGACUUUGAAUGAAACUUUCUUAAAAAAAGGAUUUCAGCCUCUUGAGGAGUUGUACUUUAAGUCCUGGCUCCACAGUGGGCAGCGAGUUACUGUACAGGAUGUGUCUGAGAAACAAGAUCAGUUUGUCGAGAAUGUAGUCACUAUCCAGGGCUUAUCACCCUCAGGUUACUUAUUAGGCAUAUCUGAUGAUGGGCAAACAUGUGAACUUCAUCCAGAUGGUAACAGGUUCGAUUUCUUCCAGGGGCUCGUGAAAAGGAGACUUGGUUGACUAGAUCUAUCUGCAACCUUCCCUGGUAUAAGUUACAACUGAUUCAUUUAUACAGUGCCCUUUUCCCAGCUAUGGCUCCAUGAGGGGGCUAUUUUAACUGAAGAGUACAAAUUCAUCGUCUUCAUUGGAAAGCAUGAAAGACCUUCAAGAUUUUUUAGUGCUGAGAAAGGGUUCUUGGUUUUAUCUUUAAUUUAUUCAUUGGAUAUCCUGAUUUCUUAUCCUUGUUAAUCUGUUAGGGUCUGUUUGGAAUGUGGAAUAUGUGAAGGAAAGAAAGUAGGGGAGAAAAUACAAAAAAGACGACACCCCAUCUCCGAGGGCCGGACAAUUAACUGAGAGGAUGUAAAUUAGUAGGAGAGAAAAUACAGCAUUAAUUUGCAAGCAAGGAAACUUUUAGGAAAAUACUCAAUAUACCAUUAUUUUGAACUCAUUAAAUUUAUUUCUUAAACGUAUCUUGGUUUGGUAAAUUCAAAAAUACGAAACUAACAUUUUGUAGGAUUUUAUUUCCUUUUCCUAGCAUAUUCUGGGAUCCAAACAUAGCCUUUUCAUGUGUUUUUUAUUUCUGAUGGGUGAGGUUUUUAUUUUGUCAGUAACUGUUACUUGAUUGACCUGGCAAUUAGUAGAUGCCGGAAGUGAUAAAUCCUGUUCUUUCUUUGUAGUUGCACUCUUUGUGCUGUUUUCUGAACAUAUAAAUUUAUAUGGCUAUUUAUUGGCAUCUAUCUUCAU